GAAGUGCAGAAGGAGUACGGAAUGCCUCCAGUUGUUGAAAAAGCUCUGGGCUCUUCCGCCAGCAAUCCCCGUAAGAGGACCAAAUCCGACAGCCACUCGGAGGAGGAGUUCAGUGAGGAUGAAGCACCGAGGGCACGCAACCAUUGGCCUACCGCUAUUGGAGAAAGCAAAGGGUCAGACAGUAUGAUCAGAGUGGGCUCCGAUUACCAGGCACAACUUCCAGAGUAUAAUCCAGGCAAGGCACCACCACCUGAUGAUGAUGAGGAAAUGCAGAAUAUGUUGGUUUGGUCACCAAGCCAUGCAAUACCAGAUACAAAAUUGGAUGAGUAUAUCUCAAUGGCAAAGGAAAAACAUGGGUACAACGAAGAACAGGCCCUAGGUAUGCUCUUGUGGCACAAACAUGAUGUGGAACGCUCCCUAGCUGAUCUGGCAAAUUUUACUCCAUUCCCUGAUGAAUGGAGCAUCGAAGACAAAGUCCUUUUUGAACAGGCAUUCAGUUUCCACGGAAAAUGUUUCCAGCGCAUACAGCAAAUGCUUCCAGAUAAACCAAUUACUAGCCUGGUGAAACAUUAUUAUUUUUGGAAGAAGACAAGAAGCAAAACAAGUGUGAUGGACAGACAAGCUCGUCGACUGCAAGCCAAAAAGGAAAAUGGUCUUGAAGAUGGAGAUGAACCACAGAAGAUAAGUGACACAGAGGUAGAUGCGAAUGACCCCAAGAAAGAGGAAUCCCCCAAGCUCAUUUCAGGAGAAUCUGGAAAAUCUAUCCCACUCAAAAAAGAUCCAUUGGUUUCUCCGUACCGCCAUCACCCUGGGCGAUCCCGCAGGAGGCCUCCUAAGGGCAUGCACCUUAGCAAGGGUGAUAUUUCUUCAGUAUGUACCACUUCUGAAAUGCCAGCACUUGCACUGUGCCAGCAGGAUACCCAGCUUGUAUCACUGAAGCGUCAGGUACAAAACAUUAAACAGAUAAACAGCAGCUUGAGGGGAAUACUCAGUGGAGGAAUUUAUGAUUUGAGGCCUCAGGAGCUGAAUAUUAAGCUUAAUUCACGCUGGACUACAGAUGAGCAAUUGCUGGCUGUGCAAGCUUUCAGGAGAUAUGGGAAGGAUUUUCAGGCCAUCUCAGAGGUUCUUGCAAAUAAGACACCUUUACAAGUGAAGACCUUUUUCAUUAGUUACCGUAGACGGUUUAACUUGGAUGAAGUAGUUCAGGAGUGGGAAGCGGAGCAGGGAGUGGAUUCAUCUGCAGCUGGCAGUGAUUCCACCAGUAAGAGCACUGCUUCCCCCCAGAUAAGCAGUGAAGAAGAUGAUGAGGUACAAAUCACAUCUGUUUCUGCCUCCUCUCAGACAGUGACAACUACUUCAACAGCUUCUACAACUCCAGCAGCUGCUACCAUGUCCCUCCCACCUCCAUUGCUAAGACCAACAAUUCCUUCUGCUCCUAUACUUCAUCGUCAGCCACCUCCACUCCAGCCUGGACGUCUUCUCCAAGCUCGUCCUCCACCUCUUGUCCGGCCAGCUCCCCGCCAGAGCCCACGAGCGCCACCUGCUUUAUUGGGCAAUCAUGCAGAGCCAGCUUUCUCCUGA